CCGCAGCCACCAAGUGAAAGUAUGCAAGACUUAACAGCACAAGUGACGAGCGGUCUUCUGCAGUUCCCAGAAGUGACUAUUGAAGCCCUGGGAGAAGAUGAAAUCACAUUAGAAUCUGUACUUCGUGGAAAGUUUGCUGCAGGGAAAAAUGGACUUGCUUACUUGACUUGUGGCCCACAGCUUGAGGUAGUGCACUCUCUAACAGGAGAGCGGUUGUCUGCGUAUAGGUUCAGUGGCCUGAGUGACGAGUCACCUAUCAUCCUCGCUGUGAAAGAGUUCUCUUGGCAGAAGAGAAGCGGAUUGUUGAUUGGACUGGAAGAUGCAGAAGGGAGUGUCCUCUGUCUCUAUGACCUGGGCAUAUCCCGAGUGGUUAAAGCAGUCGUUCUUCCUGGAAGGGUAAUAGCUAUUGAACCUAUAAUUAAUCAUGGAGGAGCCAGUGCAAGCACUCAGCAUUUGCACCCAAGUUUGCGGUGGCUUUUUGGGGUGGCAGCUGUGGCAACUAAUGUUGGACAGAUCCUUCUCAUUGACCUAUGUCUUGAUGACUUAUCAUGCAGUCAGAAUGAAGUGGAGGCAUCAGACCUUGAAGUUAUAGCUGGUAUUCCAGCCGAAGUACCACACCUCAGAGAACGUGCAAUAGGAGAAGGACGCCAUCUGUGUUUCCAAUUAGUGAGCCCAUCGGGAACAGCAGUUUCAACUCUUAGUUACAUUAACAGGACCAAUCAUCUUGCUGUAGGUUUUUCUGAUGGCUACCUAGCACUCUGGAAUAUGAAAAGCAUGAAAAGAGAAUACUACACACAAUUGGAAUGUGGAAGGGUUCCCGUAUAUGCUGUUACUUUUCAAGAACCUGAGAAUGAUCCUCGUAAUUGCUGUUACUUGUGGGCUGUUCAGUCUACACAAGAUAGUGAAGGGGAUGUUCUGAGUUUGCAUCUGCUUCAGCUGGCCUUUGGGGAUAGAAAGUGUUUGGCAUCAGGACAAAUCUUAUAUGAGGGGUUGGAGUACUGUGAAGAAAGAUAUACACUGGACCUCACAUGUGGCAUGUUUCCUUUGAGGGGACAGACUAGUAAUACCAAACUGUUGGGAUGCCAGAGUAUAGAGAAAUUUCGAUCUCAUGGUGACAGGGAGGAAGGCAUGAGUGAAGCUCUGUCUCCUGACACUAGCGUUUCAAUCUUCACCUGGCAAGUGAAUAUAUAUGGACAAGGAAAGCCUUCUAUAUAUUUGGGGAUUUUUGACAUAAAUCGUUGGUAUCAUGCACAAAUGCCAGAUUCAUUAAGAUCGGGAGAAACUCUACAUAAUUGCUCUUAUUUUGCAUUGUGGUCGCUGGAUUCUGUUGUAAAUAUGACUUCUCCACAUUAUAUCUUGGAUAUAUUAGUCCACGAGAGAAGUUUAAGUCGAGGACUUGCUCCUUCAUACUCGCCUCCUGAGCAGUUUUUUAACCCAAGUUCCUAUAACUUUGAUGCCACUUGUUUGUUAAACUCAGGAGUUGUUCAUAUAACUUGUACUGGCUUUCAGAAGGAGACUUUGACCUUUUUAAAGAAAUCAGGACCAUUUAUCAAUGAAGUUAUUUCUGAUAGUUAUAAUCGAUGUCUUAUGGCUGGCCUUCUCUCACCAAGACUUACUGAUAUGCAGCCUUCCAGUUUAAGUCAGGAAGAACAAUUAAAAGCUGUAUUGUCAGCAGCAAUCCACACAAGUUCCCUGGGACUUUUGACUGGAUAUAUCAGGAGGUGGAUACUGGAUGAACAACCAAAUUCUGCUGCUAAUUUGCGCUUUGUUCUUGAAUGGACAUGGAAUAAAGUGGUUCUCACAAAAGAGGAAUUUGACAGACUAUGUACACCAUUAUUUGAUGGUUCGUGUCGUUUCAUUGAUCCACAGACUAUACAAUCUAUUCAGCAAUGCCAUUUGCUGCUUAGCAAUCUUAAUACAGUCUUAAGCUGUUUUGCAACAGAGGCACAAGAGAUCACGGAAAGAGGCCGUAUGAACUUGACCAAUAAAUGUGCGGUUUCCCAGCUCAUCUGUCAGUACGCACAAAUGGUCCUCUGGUUCUCUCACUCUGGGCUUUUACCAGAGGGCUUAGAUGAUGCUGUGCAGUUGUCAAGGUUAUGCUACAACUACCCUGUAAUUCAGAGCUACUACACCAGUCGUCGGCAGAAGUGUGAGCUUUUAUCAAGUGGGAAAUGGAACUCUGACUAUUUGAUGAUCGAUGGAAUGGUUUCUCAGUUAGGAGAUCGAGUUGAGAAGUUGUGGAAACGAGAUGAAGGAGGCACAGGAAAAUAUCCUCCUCCUAGUCUGCAUGCACUACUUGACAUAUACCUACUAGACAACGUUACUGAAACAAGCAAACAUUUUAUUACCAUUUAUUUGCUACUUGAUAUUAUGUAUUCAUUCCCAAACAAAACAGAUACUUCAAUUGAAUCAUUUCCAACUGCCUUUGCCAUUUCUUGGGACCAGGUUAAACUUAUUCAAGGAUUUUGGCUGAUCGAUCAUAAUGACUAUGAGAAUGGUUUGGAUCUUCUGUUUCAUCCAGCUACUGCAAAACCUUUCUCAUGGCAGCAUUCAAAGAUUAUCCAAGCCUUUAUGAGCCAGGGCGAGCACAGACAAGCCCUCAGAUAUAUUCAGACAAUGAAGCCAACCGUGUCCAGUGAUAGUGAUAUUAUCCUUCACAUCACUGUUUUGCUUUUUAACAGGUGCAUGAUUGAGGCCUGGAGUUUACUGCGAUACCAUUCUAGUAGAUCGAAUAUAGAGGAGUUACUAGAGCACACAUAUAAAGGCUGUCAGGAAAUGGGCUUAAUGGAGGACUUACUGAAGCUACCAUUUACAGACACUGAGCAGGAGUGUUUGGUGAGGUUUUUGCAGUCCAGCACCAGUGUUCAGAAUCAUGAGUUACUUUUAGUUCACCAUUUGCAGCGUGCCAAUUACAUCCCUGCCUUGAAGCUGAACCAAACUCUGAAGAUUAAUCUUACGAAUGAUCGUGAUCCUCACUUGCGGGAGAGAUCUGUGGCAAGAAAUUCUAUAUUAGAUCAGUAUGGAAAAGUUCUUCCGAGAGUCCAUCGAAAAUUAGCCAUGGAACGAGCUAAGCCUUACCGUGUGCCAACAUUAUCAGUUAUUCGAAAAGUUUCUCGGCCCAAACCAUUAUCAGCAGUUCCAAAGCGAGCUGUAAUAGGGACUGUGUUAACAAGAUCUACUUUCAUUCAUAACGUGUUAUCUAAAGUUGGAGAGGUUUGGAAAAGUGAUGAACCUAAAAAUAGCACCUUAGCCUACAACAGUCCUAGAAUAGAAGGACCAUCUCCUGUAGUGUGUUCUCUCCCAGAUCCAGAGCUGCCUGGGGCAUUUGUUGGAACACCAAUUUUAAAAGCAUCACAAAAAGUUUCUAGAUUGCUGGAUUUGGUUGUGCAUCCUGUUCCCCAGCUUUCUCAGUGUUUGGGGUUUAUUCAGCAAACCCCCACCAGAUAUCCUUUGUACCUAACACCUACUUCAUUGUCAGUAAGUUCACCAAUAAAAGGAUCACAUCAAAAUACCUCCAGGGCUUCAGAAUUACAUUUACUUGAAACACCUGUUGUCGUGAAGAAAGCUAAAACUUUGGCCAUGUCAAUUACUUCCUCUGGAUUUGCCGAGUUCACUCCUCAAUCCAUCCUAAGGUCUGGUCUUCGAUCAACACCUUUAGGGUCUCCGUCUCAGUCACCUGGAAGGUCUCUUACUCCUCCAUUACGACUUAAAGAAACUAGAAUUUCAUUCAUGGAAGAUGGCAUGACCACAAAAUGGACUUCUGGAGCUGCAGAUGAUAGCAAAACAAAAGCAUUUGUGACCAGACCUUUCUACAAAUGUGGGAUUCCAGGAGACACAGAGUGGCUGGCGAACAAAGAUAAGACAUCUUUUUCCCUGAAUGGCCCUGACAUGGGCCAUCACGAAAUGGACGUGAGGUCAGAAAAUACUCCUUCACGGAGUUUGGAGAAACUGGAUGUGAGCAAAGAAAACAGCAAUGUUUCCACCGAGUCGCUGGAGUACCAAGACGCCCCAUCGCCAGGAGAGUUUGAACAUGUCAUGGCUGCGAAGCCAGCCAGUGCUUCCCCUGGACUGAUGACUAAUCCAGCUGAAAAGACUGAGAAGGACAAUGAUAAAGAUGUGUUUGAAUCAGUAACUCCUCUAGACCUGGAGAAACCAACAGGCACUUUAGAAGAUGGAGAAACAAAGGCUGUCUUAGUUGCAGAAGAAGCACUUUCAGUAUUAAAUCACUCAAGCCCUAUUCAAGGGGUUGACACUUCUCUUUGUGUGCCAUUAACCCAUGAAAGGAAAAUCCUCACCCCGAAGUCCAAGGUACCAAUUUCAGACGAAGUAUCAGUUGAAACCUGCACCUCUACAAUUAGAGCAGCUAUGGCCGAUGUCCUUGGUGAUAGCGGAAGCUCUGGGCUCGUUACCUCUGAAAGUCCUGUUAUCUCUGAACAUAGGCUUGACCAGGAAAUAGUGAAUUUAGAAGAAGAUCAUGAAAUAGAAGUUGAUGCACUAAAAGAAAGUGUUGACUUACCAGAAGAAAAGCCUCCAAUUUCUGACGAUUCUCCUGAUACUCAAAAAAUUCAUGUAAUUGAAAAUGAAAAGCUUGAAGUUCAAGACUCAGGACAAGAGGCUAAGAAUCUUUCAUUUAAUGAGUAUCCCUCAGGAACUCUUAAGCUUCAAUAUAAUUUUGAGACCAUAGAGCAACAGUUCUGUGACUUGCCUGAUAAUAAAGACUCUGCUGAGUGUGGUGACAUUGCUGAAGUAGAUGGGGAACUUUUUGUGGCUCAGAGCAACUUCACCUUGAUAUUGGAAGGUGAAGAAGAAGUUGAGACAGGUGAUUCUGCAGCAUCUAAUGUGCUAGCUAAAGCAGCUAACACAGUAACUGAUUCAAAACAUGUAUACACUGGGGAAAAUGAUGACCAUGGACAUGUUGCAAACUUGCCAUCUGUCAUAACUAAUGAACAGGACUCCCAAAAGACAGAGGCCUUACCGAAUGUGCCUGAACCAAUUAAAGCAGCAGUAGCAGAAAAUGUACUAGAUGCAAUUAAAGACACAAGAAGUAAAGACAUUACUUCAGAUACGAUGGAACAGUCCAUUCAUGUAAACAUACCUUUAAUAAGCCAAAAGGUAAGGAGUUCCACCAAGUCAGUCAAAUCUACAUUGAAGACUGCUCAGGAAGCAAGUACAGUGACUAUGAAUGCUAACCAAGUUAAUGACAUGACUCCAUCCAGACCUCGAACCAGACGACAACGGACCCAAAGCCUGGAUGUGACAUCCGUGCAACAGGAAGAGUCCGCAGAUGCUGCUCCUCCUGAGAUGCUAGGACUCUCAGUUAGAAAGAAAACUAGGAAAACAAAAGAAACUUCGGAGGCUUCGGAAAGUGCCUUUCCUAGUGUCAAAGAACCAUCUCAGACCCAGCAAAUACCUCAACAUGCUCUUACUCCUAAGAGAGGAAGGAGAAAGAAAGACACAUUAGAGAGUCUUAAUUCUGUGGAACAAGAAUUACAGGUUACUCCAGGUAGGGUAUUAAGAAGUUCAAGAUCUCAGUUGUUGGAACCAGCAACCACAGAAACUUCUCUUAGAAAAGAAGCUAAGCUUUCACCUGUUACAAAAAAGACUCCUAAAAGAAUGAAAAAAUCUGUAGAAAAUCAGGAAAGUGUUGAAAUUGUAAAUGAUCUAAAAACCAGUAAAGUAGCAAGUCCUAGCAUAAGUAACAAAAGAUUGAGACCUGCUAAUUUAGAAACUUCUGAAAAUACAGGACAUGAACAAGAUGGGAAGUUAAGUGAACAGCAGCUGCCUGUUCAAGGGAGUAAAAGGGUUAAAAAGAGAGACAUUAAGGCAUCAGAUGUUAGAGAAGACUCUAAACUUGAUUCAUCUUCUUUGACUCUUCAAGCAGAAGGUGAUAUACCUGCUACACCUAGGAAACGUGGUAGACCAAGGAAAAUUAAUCCAUCACUAGAUGUAGGAUCCGAGGCUAUUAAGGAAGAGAACAGUCCUAAGAAGAGCAAAGUUCAAAAGAGAUCUGCGAGAAACACCCCAGCUAAAAGUGAAAAUACUGAGGUUGGAAAACCAACUUUAGAAAAAUCAGUUUUAGUGCCAAAUGAGGAACUUGUUACAGUGAUGAGUUCUAAGAAAAAGAUUACAAAAAGGAUUGAAAGUCAAAGCCAAAAACGUUCAUUACGCUCAAUACCUGAAAAAUACAUAGAUGAAGACAUGGCGCAGAGGGAACCCAAGGACCGAGAAGAAAAAUUACUUGCCAAAACUCCUGUGACUCAGUUUUCCCGUAGCACAAGGACUAGGUCUAGCAAGGCCAUUUUACUGCCAGACUUCUCUGCACCAGAAAAUGAGUCUUUAUUUUCUCCUGUGUCAAAGGUUUCAAGGAAAGAUAAAGCUAUAAAAGUAGAAGCUCCUGAACAGCUGAAAGAAUUAAUCUCAGACUUAUCUUCUCCAUUUGUCCUCUCACCUCCUGCUCUGAGGACCAGGCGGAAGAACAUGUCUAAGACACCCCAACUUGUGCAGGAACUGGAAAAUGAUGCUGUGGGACAGCAAAGAGUGAAAAGAAUGAGGACUGGAAAAACAAAACAAGCAAGCAGAACCACAGAGAAAGACAGUUGGUCACCUCCUCCAGUAGAGAUUAAGCUCAUUUCUCCCUUGGCAACACCAGCUGAGAGAGUGAGGAGCAGGCCGAGGAGAACCAUCGAGGAGACGGGAAAAGCUCUGGGGAGGAACAGGAAGAGACCGUCUUCCUUCCCAAAACAAAUUGUCCGCAGAAAAAUGCUGUAACUGUUUCCAAGUUUUAUUGUACACCUGUUUGUAAAGUCACCAGAAUUAUGUGGAUUAUUAAAAAUCACCUAAUUUGGAAGACAGUAAUUUAUAUAAAUUGUAAAUUUUUGUAAACAGAAGGUCUUCCAUAAGUAAAAUCACUCCAUAUGGAGUAUGAUUCUUUUAGUGGAGGCAUUUUAUCCCUAUUUUAUAUUAAGACUUCAGACAUUUAUAUAAUAUGUAAAUAUGGCUUAUUAGAAUGUUAAAUAAAGUAUACACUUCAUAGGAGUUUGUGUCGGUUAGAUUUUUGAGAGGAAUUUGUUUUAGUGAUGAUUUUAUACGCUAGCAGGCAUUGGGCCCAUUGUCUUUCUCUACAGUUAAAAGUAUUAAACCAAUCUUAAAAUGAGGACAACUGAACUGCUAAGUUUUUUAAGUUGCUGUUUUAUAAUUUAUGCACUUUUGCUUCUGUGAUUAAGAUUUCUAAUAAAGUAUUUGGGGGGGUGUGGUUGCUAUGUUCAAGUUGAAUUAUGGGCAUGUAAUUUUGCCACUUUUUUGUAGUUUAACAAAUUUUAUGUAUUCUACCUCAGAUGAGUAACUUUCUAAGUAAUGCAUUGGUUAAAUGUAAUGGUAUUUCUUGUUCAGCAGGCUUAAAGGCUAUUAUUUUUAAAGUCUCUAAAUUAUUCAGAGACUAAUUAUCCAGGUUAGAUUGACCGGUUCACUGCUCACUAGCAACUUCUUAAAAGGGUUUGAGAAGCAGGGGAAUGUAAAAAAUAUCUCUCUCGUGGAUAUUCAUUGUACCUUGUGUGCAGCUAAUAUUGAUAGAACGUGAAGUCUGAAGAAAUUUUAUUAUUGCUUUGAAGGAGCUUGCUACUGAUUCACAGAAAUCCCUUAAUAUUCAGGUUUUUAAACUGGCAGAUUCUCACAGGACCUCAGGCACAGACCAUUGAGGAUGGGAAAGUGUGUGAGUAGAUGUGGGAAAAGGAAAAGAAAAACAACACUGUUCUCUGUUGUAUGACUGUGCAAUUACGUGGUGAUACUUGGUGUAGGCUCUAAAAUUCAAUAAGUGUUGUAAAAUAAUUUAUAAGAGGUGAUGGAUAGUGUGUAAUGAAUGGACCAUUAAUAAUUGAUUGUCUAGAAGCAAACUGCUUUUGUUGGCUAAACUUUUAAUGUUGAGCGUAAGGAAUGUACUUUUUAUAUUAUUUUUCUACCAAAUGGCAAUACAAAUAAUGAGAGGAUGAUGCAGAUGCCUACACCAAGUACUGACCGUGUGGAGUAGCCGUGCGAGUGCGGCCUUUUAGUCACUUAGUGAUCAAUGUUCCCUUGCCUUGUCGGAAAUAUUUUAUUUUUAAAAUUUUAGUUAUCAAACUUGUAUUUAAGCUGAUUAUCAUUUAUGGAAUAGUAAACUUAUUUAAAUGAACUUGUUAAAUGAGUAAUUUAAAGAUCUAAAUAAUUCAGUAAACACUUAAUUUCAUCCUUUGCACAAGUAGCA